UAUGCACACGGACGGGACUGUUCAUCCUUUUGUUUUACUGGGAGAAUAAAACACCUUAUGGACUUUGCAUUGGGGAUUUGUUGCGCCGCUUCAUAGUUUUUUUUUUGUCUUUUAAAAAAAAAGUUUAAUCAUGUCGAUGAAUAGCAAUAAGAAGACAGCCAUCUCUGUCGCCAGCACAGCGUGCCUCUGCCUGCUGCUGCUGGUCCUGGUCGCCGUGCAGCAUCACCGCGGUCAGGUGGACGACGAGGCCACCGGAGGGGACGCCGGCACGCGCUCUCUGCUCCAGGAUGCCGCGCGGCACGACGAGAGCGACGCGCAAACUAAGAAGGGAUUCUCGGCGUACUUCACCAAACUCACGCGGGGACGGAGGGAGGCGGAGCAGCCCGCGCGCUCCUCCGCAGCCGAGCCGCCUCCAGCCGAGGACAUCAGCGCCGACGACGUCUUCAUCGCCGUGAAGACCACCAAGAAGUUCCACCAGUCCAGACUGAAUCUGCUGCUGGACACGUGGAUCUCACGAAACAUGCAACAGACGCACAUCUUCACAGACGGAGAGGAUGCGGAGCUGAAAAAGAAAAUUGGAAGUCACGCAAUCAACACAAACUGCUCUGCAGCUCACAGCCGACAAGCUCUCUCGUGCAAGAUGGCGGUGGAAUACGAUAAGUUCAUAGAGUCGGGGAAAAAGUGGUUCUGUCACGUAGAUGAUGACAACUACGUGAACGUUCGGACUCUGGUGAAGCACCUGUCCCAGUACCCCCACACCCAGGACAUGUACAUCGGUAAACCCAGUCUGGACCGGCCCAUCGAGGCCACAGAGAGGCUGGGCGACAACAAGAUGAAACCAGUCAACUUCUGGUUUGCUACUGGAGGAGCAGGCUUCUGUGUGAGCCGAGGUCUGGCGCUGAAGAUGAGCCCGUGGGCCAGCGGCGGCCACUUCAUGAACACGGCGGAGAAGAUCCGGCUGCCCGACGACUGCACCAUUGGCUAUAUCAUCGAGUCGGUUCUGGGGGUUCCUCUGACCCGCAGCAACUUGUUCCACUCCCACCUGGAGAACCUGCAACAAGUGUCCAGAUCGGAGAUACACAAGCAGAUCACCCUCAGUUAUGGGAUGUUCGAAAACAAGAGUAAUAUCAUCAAUUUCAAAGGGGCUUAUCCUGUGGAGGAAGAUCCAUCGAGGUUCAAGUCGGUGCACUGUCUCCUGUACCCAGACACCCCAUGGUGUCCCCCUCAGGUUGCCUUCUAGGGCGACCGCUCCUUUCUCAUCCUCGUCCCCGUCGUGCCUCGGUAUCUGAAAGGCUCACGGGGACCAGUGUUUGUCGUUAGACCGCACGGCUGCUGUAUUGUUGCUGUGCGGUCUUUAAUAGUUUUACUGGGCUGCUGUGCGGCCCGCCUCGGGACUAUUCCUUCCUGUCCGGAGCCAGGACCUCGCCCCAUUAUGUUCUGGUGGAAGGACCCCGGCUCUCGGCAGGAAGUAGCUUUCAGCGUUAAGCUUUGCAGGCAAUCAGUUGAGCUUUGUGAUGUAUAUGUUGCUUGUAAAUGUAUCUGCAAUUCUCAUAGAAUGUAUUGACAUAUAUUCAAGCCUUUUUGCCAGCUUCACAUUAACAUUUUUAUUUUUUCGCUUUUAAGAAAUGCAAAGCCAUACAGGUCUUUGUUUGUAGGCUUUUGUUGGCUUUUAUCGCAUAUAAUUGGCUUUUUUGUUUAGAUGUUUUUACUCCGAUGACUCCGGACAAAUGUGCUAAUAUGAAGAUUUUGUUGUGCUUUUAAGUUAACUGUUAUUUCUCCCAUGAACUGAGCUGGCAGACUCCCUAAUACAUCCUUUGGUGACCUAAUCUGAGGUAUAUCAGGACUAAGCACUUUUCCCUUUGUGAUAGUUUUUUGGUCAACUGACCUAAUUUACGUCCUUUUUAAUGACAUGCCUCAGAUUUAUGUCCAAACUACAACAAAGAAAAGAGAAAUAACCCGGCGCAAUCUCUCAUCCAUUCAUGUUUUUAAUAACACUCCUUGCAUUUGUUACAAAGGAGGAUGAAUAACGAGUGGAAGAGAUUUUGAUUCAGGGUUACAAUCAGCUUUUAAAUUGCUUUUGAAAUGUUUUUUUAUUGUUGUUUGAAAAAUUGCACAGCUGACUUUCAAAUGAGCUGAUGAUUGCUCCUGAAAAGUUGCUCACCUCAAAAAAAGGUUCAACAGUGAAGAAUUAGUGAAAAGCAAAGAAGGAAAGAAACAAUGGCAUCUAAAUAAUAACCACGUGUGUAACGUGAGCCACAGUCUAUAAUAGUUUGCACAAAAGACUGCUGAGCUUCUCUGUUGUCCUCAACAUGAAUGUUCUUUAUUUACACAUAAUAUUUAUGGGCUGGUUGCCGCUGAGGUGAGAACUUUACAGGAGCAACAUGAGUGUUUCCACAUGGAGGGGUCCGUUCCCUCCGUGUCGUCCCUCACCCAUAUUGGGUGGCCCUGUACAUUUUGACUGCAGUAUUGUGUACUGUGCCCUUUGUUUUAAAUGCGUAGUAUAAUGUGUAGGAUGGAAUUUCCCCUUUGUGGUUUACAUAUGCGUUUAUUGACCCGGACAUGAUAUUUUUGUACUGCCUUGAACUGCGUUAAGUGACUGUGGUGUUUAUUCUCCAGUAUCUGGAGGGUUCGAGCGGUUCAUUCCCAAUACUGGCUUCUCAGGGAUUAUGAGUUGAUCCUGGUAUUAACUACCAUGGGACCCACAGUGGGACCGACAACUUUGAAUAAAAGUGCAUAACCACUGAGAAACAUUA